CUUAAGAAGCUCACUCUUCUGGAAACCCACCUAGAUCCUCCACCCUCAGACACCAUGGUCAGCUCCUGUUGUGGCUCCAUCUGCUCUGACCAGGGCUGUGGCCGAGGUCUCUGCCAGGAGACCUGCUGCCGCCCAGUCUGCUGCCAGACCACCUGCUGCAGGACCACCUGCUGCCGCCCAGUCUGCUGCCAGACCACCUGCCGCCCCAGCUGUCCUGUGUCCAGCUGCUGCCGUCCAGUCUGUUGCCAGACCACCUGCCGCCCCAGCUGCUGGCAGACCACCUGCCGCCCCAGCUGUCCUGUGUCCAGCUGCUGCCGUCCAACCUGCUGCCACCCCAGUUGCUGCCAGACCACCUGCUGCAGGACUACCUGCUGCCGCCCCCGGUGCUGCCAGUCUGUGUGCUGCCAGCCCACUUGCUGCCACCGCACCUGCUGCCGCCCCAUCUGCUGCAGGCCCCGGUGCUGCCAGCCCAGCUGCUGCAGGACCACCUGCUGCCGCCCCAGCUACUGUGUGUCCACCUGCUGCCGCCCCAUCUGCUGCAUUUCCAGAUGCUGCCGCCCUAGCUGCUACAUUUCCAGCUGCUGCAGGCCCCAGUGCUGCCAGACCACCUGCUGCAGGACCACUUGUGUCCAACCCAGGUGCUACCUCUCCAGCUGUUGCAGGCCCCCUUGCUGCCAGUCUGUGUGCUGCCAGCCCACCUGCUGCCGACCCAGCUGUUGCAUUUCUAGUUGCUGCCGGCCCCCCUGCUGCAUCUCUAGCUGCUGCCGCCCCACCUGCUGCCGCCCAAUCUGCUCUAGUGGUUCUUGCUGCUGAGCGCCCUGUCCUGCUCCGUCCACCAACCUUCCUGAUGUAGCCCCAGUGGGAGCUGAAUCAUGAGAGGCCCGUCGUCAAACCUCUAGUGCAACCGAUUCUUCUCACUUUGGCCUCCAAAUACAUUGCCUUCCCCGUCAUGUUCCGAACUCUCUCCCCAAAGAACACAAAGUGUCCUGUUUCUCUGAAAUCUGUCAACCAGCACAUCCCACAUGUAUAUUUAUUUCCUGACAAAUUUUCUCAUACGGUAUUUUCCUAAAUCUUAAUAAAUAUUAUUUCCCAG